UAAGUAUACGAGGCUGAAACUGACACUACACUUCUUCUUCUAGGUGCUUUGAUUUCAUCGACGUAAUGAAGCACAAAAAAAGAGAACUCAUGUCGAUUGUUGAAGAAGUUCUUGUUGAACAAAUACAUACUAAUAUGUCGGCCCGAGACCUCCGCUGGCGUCGCGGCGCGGUCGAGGUCCUGCUUGUCGAGGUCCUGCUUGUCGAGGUCCUCCUCGACUGGUGCUGACGCCUUCGAGUCGUCGUGAAAGCGAGUUCAUCCACUUUUUCACCUCCUGCGUUUCGUGACAGGAGCUCGCAAGCAUAAUAUAAAUCGCAGCAGCUUUAUUUUGCUGGGCGAUGAAUCCCUACAACAAUCCGCCACCCGGCGGUGGACCUCCUCCGAACAACCCGUACGGCAAUCCGGGCGGGUUCGGAAUGGGACCCGCCGGCGCCGCGCAGCCCGGCAUGCAGCAACCGCUGGGAGGACCGCAGCCCGGCGGAAUGGGGGGAGUUUCCGGCGGGGGGCUGGGCGGGCCCCAGGACCCGAACCAGCUGCAGCAGAUGAUGCAACAGAAGGAGAUGCAGUUGCAGCAACUGAGCCAGCAAUUUCAGAUGCUGCAGCAACAGAAGAACCAACAGGACGUGCAGUUGUUGGAGACGCAGUCGCAGUUGAGGUAUAAGUACUUACUUUCUCCAUGCCAGUAGAUUUGUUUUCUACUCGAAGCGUCUCUCAUCUACUGCUUUGCUACCGAGACAAUUUCGCAAAGUGCUUCGAUUUUGUGUAAGAUGAAAACGCAAUUGUGCAAAAAUUUCGGCGUUAGUAAAAAAAUACGAAAAAAAUCAAUUUAGAAACUUCGGCGCUGCCUCCCAGGAACUGGAUAUGGCUCGCCAGGCCAUGCGGGACCGGGAUCUGCAAGACCAGGAGCAGGGGCAGAAAAUGCGUGAACUGCAGAUGCUGCUGGACCGGGAGAGACAUUCGCGGCAGAUGCUAGACGAAGAGCUGAUGAAGACCCGCCAGGAGCGAAAUAUGCUGCAGGAGCAGAAUCAGCUAUCAGAAGAAUGCACAACUCUGCGAGAGCUUCUUCCCCUUUGUUCCCCGUGCAAUUUUUCCGUGUGGCAUAUUUAUUAAGCAGCACUGGAAAUAACUACAACAGCACGCACGAUGUAGCUUCUGCAUGGCGAGAACUCGUCGUCCACAGACGGACUGUAGUAAGUGGUUCUAGUUGAGCUAAUAUUUCGAGGACGCAACUAUCCAUUGGCCAAGAACAGUGCCACCAGGCUGCACGAAGACAUCAAAUCGAUUUAUUCUUCGUGUUUAAUAUAAUUUGUUGAUGAAUGCACAUUAUUUUUACACAAAGAAAAUAUCUGUAAGGGACGAGGGCCGCGAGAAGAGGUUCUUGCCCCGUGUCAUAGCAGAACAUGAACAGCCAAAACCAGCAGCAGGACUCGACGUUCCAAAAGUCGAUCAAAUCGCAAACGGAACUGCUGUAUCAAAUGCAAAAUUGUCUGGGUCUGGAAGAUUGCUAUGUUUGUCAUGCACAUUUUGCAUGACCCGUGAUGUCUGUGAUGUAUGCCCCAGCAUCACAAAUUUUUUGCGGGCAUCUUGAUGCCUAUCCCGCAUGAGAAAUCCUCUCUCCGCGGAGCAAAAACCGGACGCCUCUUGCUGCUCAUGCAAUACAGGAUUCCAAAAGUAGCAUCACAAGUUGCAUUCUUCCAGACCCACACAUUUUUGCAAUCCAUAUGCUGAAGCACCUAUCGGAUCUCGAAGACAUGAACGCCAAGUUGGAUAAAGACAACUCCGAUUUGAAGCGGCAGAUCGAUCUUCUGAAGUCUUCCGACAGCAAGCAGUAUCCAUGGCAUAAAAGUACAGUUUUAGUUUUAUCGCGCUCGUAGUCGUACCGAUCCCGAUCACAUAGAUAUUGAUUUUGCAUGAAAAUAGGCCCGUUUUUCAUCUUGCAGAAAUGUGCUGUCAUGUUGCGAUGCGUGUUUUAAUACACUAGUGCGAUACAAAUCAUACAUUUUGCAAUCCAUAAGCAGAAGGAAAUCGACGAGUUGCAUGACCACCUUGACGAAUUGGAGGCGAAGUUAUCCUGCUGAAAAAACGUCCGCACCCAGGACUUGUCAUGCAAACAAGUCGCAUAGUACUACCCACGCAUUUGUAUAAAGUAACGCGCGUCCCCUCCUCGGGAUGAAGUUGGAGAUUGGGAAGCAUUCGUAUUUCAGGUAUAAAACUUGUUCUAUCAUUUGUAGUGCUUAGUAAACGGGAGGAUAAGGGAAAGUAAAUGGCUUCGUGAAGAUGCAUGCGGCUGUCCUCCUUGCUAAACUGCACUACACUUCUACUGGCUGUACAGAGAGAAACAACUUUUGUCACUUGUCCACCCGAAGCUUCUCCAUCUGGAAAAUUUUCCAUUUUGUUCAUCUUUACUGCCCGGCGUGGGGACGUUUUUUCUCAGGACAGACAUUGCACCAGAGCGAAAAGGUAUCCAAGAAAAAAACUGUGUUAGUGUAACCUUCUUUGGUUGACACCAUCACAAAUUUGCUCUACAUGACAGAGAAAACCUGUCAUGCGUGGAUUGUAAGGGAAAACACACUUGAAAAGAGGACUUCAUGGCUGUCUGGCAUGACAGGCGUAACUCUGUUGCAUGUUCUACAUUACAGAGUUACACUUACACAGUUUUUUUCUUGCAUAAAAGGACGUGGAAGAGUUCGAGCGCGAGAACCACUACCUGUAUUGUGAGGAAAAAUCCCCCCUCCCCAUACCAAAAAGGGGCACCACUGAAAAUUUCUGAUGCUGAUUUGUGGCCACAAAUCGUCCCUGUAUUGCAAGAGGGCAAAGCCAGAAACUCAGCCGCGUUUCGCAGGCGCCUUGUAAUGCUGUAUCGCCUACAGAGGACGUGCCUGCCUUGCUAGGCGCGUCUACAGCAAAUCGCCCCUACUCAGGCACUGCAUUUGCCUGCAGUCCCCUACUGCUAGACAGAUUGGAUUUGUGUACACAGAUCCCGCAUCACAGAUUUCCGUGUUGCUAUGGGGAGGGGAAGUUUUUCACUCUGAUAACCUGAAAGCGACACUGGAGGAAAAAACGGUGCAAUUAGAGGCGGCGCACCGUUUCGAGGCGGAGUAUGAUCACCACGUGCACGAUGUAAUGACGAAGAAGGAGGAGGAACUGACCGCGAAAGAGAAGGAGGCGCAGUAUCAAAUACAAAUGCAUCAAAUAUGUAGUCAUCUGGGUCUGGAUGCGUGUAGAUGCUUGUCAUGCUGCUCUUGCGUGACCCAGGAGGUCAGUCUGGCAUGCAAGUCCUAGCAUCAAACGUCUUGAGAAAGUUUCUCAAUGCCUAAUCCGCAUGACACCCCCCUAACCGUUUGGUGCCAAGUUUUGAGCCGCAUUUGCUGUUCAUGCGUGACAGAUUUGUCUUGUGUUGCCUGAAAUUUGAAUAAACAGUUUUUCAGACCCAGACUGACAUAUUUGCAAUGCAUACGCAGGUCCUUGCUGCGAAAGUCUCCUCCCUGGAGCACGAGAUCAACGAGGUGCGAAAAAUCGCGGGUUUGAGCAGCAACUCGGGUUCACUAGAGGACUUGAUGAUAUGAAAUGCAAAAAUGUCUGGGUCUGGAAACUUGUGAUGCAAGUCAGUCAAUAACAAAUGCACUGUAUGUAAUGCGCCGCCAAGCAUGACAAGUUGCUUCGUGCUUCUGUGCUGCGUAUUCCGCAUGAGAAACUGCGUUUUUGCAUGACAGGCGAGAGAGGCUGUUUGUGGCCACGCAAUACAGAUUUAAGGGCCAUGCCAGAUCAGCAUGACAAAUCUCGCAUUCUUCCAGACCCAGACAUUUUUACAUUUGAUAGAUGACGAUGGUGCACGACCGGGAUAUGGAGAUCGAGCACUUGUACGAUCGCAUCGAGUAUGAAAUGCAAAAAUGUCUGGGGGUGGAAACUUGUGAUGCUACAAUGUGCAUGAUGAAAACACUUCCUAAUGCAGUCCGGCAUGACAAGUUCUCAAAACGCUUUCUCAUAGGCAAUCCGCAUGAGAAACUGUGUUUUUGCAUGACAAAAGAGGCUGCGACUUUUGUUGGUUAUGCAAUACAGAUUUUCUAGGUGUGGAAAGCUAGCAUUACAAGUUCCAACCUUCCAGACCCAGACAUUUUUACAAUCCAUAUCGACAAGCUGGAGACUUCGCUGGGCGAAAAAAUCGAACAGUUUAAGCACUACGAAAAGAACCACCCAUUUCAGCAGGAUACGCAAAGGAAAUAUGUCGUGGUCUGGAAACGCGCAAAGUUCUUUGUCAUGCACUUUAUGCAUAGUCUCAGUCCAUGAUGUUGCCUGUGAUGUUGUAUACCUAGCAUCACAGAUAAUUUUUUGAGGGCCAGUUGUACUUGAUGCCUUUACUCUCGCGUGAGAAACGCCCUUCCCGCGUAGCACAAAGUAGACUCCUCUUCUUGCCUGUCACACAAAAGAGAUUUUUUUAGAAAGAAUUAUCGAAAAACAAAGCAUGUUGAUCACAAGGAAGUCGCAACCUUCUAGACUGAGAUCGAGAUUUGCAAUGCAUAUCGGAAGAGAAACAGCAAUUCGAGACCAUGAUCGCGGAACUCCGUUCCGAGCUGCAGCACAAGGAUGAGAAGCUGCACGAAUUGGAAAAGCAGAAGUCCGAGUUUAUUCUGAGUAAAAACGCCCCCAUGCAAAUCUGCAUGCGAAAAGAGUUGCUCAUGCGGAGCCCGCCCAUGAGAAGCAUUUUCUAGUAGUCCUCGUGUUUUGCAAUUUCUGAUGCUAGAGCCAGCAUGAUAUGCUAGACCUGUGAUGCCGCUGAACUAGCUAAACAGGGCCACACUACGAGGACAAACUUGGCAUGCGAAACAACCAAAGCUGGUUGAUUUGUCUAGCUGAUCUCCCAUCUUGAUGAGUCUGGUGUGGGCGGGACGUUUUUAUUCAGGAUAGAGUUUCUCCACCACCUAUCUGGCGACGAGCCCGGCAAGGCUUUCGACUAUCCCUCAGAAAAAGACAGGCAUGUCAUAUUUGAUGUCAUGCAAACGCAAAUAGACAAAAUCUAAUCAAAUUCAAAUCUUCGUUGCAUGUUGUCCUAAACGCCAUGCUAUGUUGGGGUCGCCCAUAGCAGAUUUUGCUGCUGAACUUGAUAUUUUUGCAUUAUACAAAUAUCAAUAUGCCCUGCCUGCUUUUUUGUUUUCCGGGAUAUUGACUGGGACAAGAAGAUGACCGAGAUGCGGCUGCAAAACACGAAGCUGAAGCAGGAGCUGUCGGAGACAAAACAGGAACUGUCCACGUAUCUGAACGAAGCGAGUAAUAUCAUGUACGAAAACACGCUGUUGCGCCAGUGGUCCAACAUCCCCAGCGACCAAUUGCUCGACCUGUCGGAGGUGAAGUUGAAAGAAAAGGUGUCCGCGAGCAAGGCGGUGUCCAUGCAGAAGCAGCUGGUAUUGCGAGGAAAAAUCCCCCCUCCCCAGACCAAAACGGGACACUUCUGAAAAUUUGUGAUGCUGAUUUGAGACCACAAAUCGUCUCUGUAUUGCAAGAAAGCAAAUCCAAAAACCCCGCCGCGUUCUGCAGGCAAUUUGUAAUGCUGUAUGGCCUACAACGGAGGAUAUGCCUGCCUUGCUAGGUCCCUACACCAAAGCGCCCCUACAUCGGCUUUGCAUCUGCCUGCAGUCUUCUACUGCAACACAAGGCCGACUUGCGUACACAAAUCGCGCAUCACAGAUUUCCAUUUCGAUAUGGGGAGGGGGGAUUUUUCCUUUUGAUAGCUGGAAAAGGAGAUUUUGGAUCUGGAGGACGAGCGACUGCAGUUGAAGAUGAAGCUAUGCAAGAAAAAACUGUGUAAUUGUAACUCUGUAAUGCAGAACAUGCAACAGAGUUGCAGCUGUCUUGCCAGACAACCAUAAAGUCCUCUUUUCAUGUGUGUUUUCUCUUACAAGCCGCGCAUGACAGGUUUUCUCUGUCAUGUAGAGCAAAUUUGUGAUGCUGCCAGCCGAAGAAAGUUACACUAACACAGUUUUCUUUUGGAUAGAAGCUCCGGUCCCUGGCCGGGCUGGCGAGUGAGAAGUAUCCGGAGAAAACUACACGACGACCACGUCUCCACCCUAGCAGAGUCAAGAUGGCGACUUUGUUGAUUCUGUUUCGCAUGACAAGCUUGGACAUCGCUUGUAAUGUAGCACCUUGCUGUUUGAGGUAGUUUGUUGUUGUGCAGGCGCAUCACCAAUCAACUAUUGCCUGCGGAGGCUUGCUUCCGUGGUUGGCACAGUUGUCUUCGGCGCGGUUGUUUUAGCAUCAAAAAUCAGCUACCACGUCCUGACUCCAGCAUCACAAAAUUUCCAUUAGAUAGAAAAUGGCUCUCAUGUAGUGGGGGAUGCGCAACAUGAGAAACAUUUUUAGGCAUGAUAGAUGCUUUUGAUUAAAAUAAGUCUGGGGGGGGGACGUGUUUACACAGCACAAGAAAUCCAUUUUGUUCAACGGUAUGGAGCCGGACCAGAUGCUGCAGCUGGAGCAGAUUGCGGAAACCAUGCGUCUAUGCAUUGCAAAAGUAUAUCGUGCUUGGGUAUAAUUACAAUACAAAUUCAUUUUACCAAGAGAAAGAACGCUGUUGAUUUGCCCCAAAUAAACCAUAGGUCUGUCAUGCAUGAGACUGCGAUUACAACUACAAGUGCGAUUCCUUUGCACUGGAUAGCGGCGGGGCAGUCUGCACCUGCCCGAGACGGACAACAGCCGCGAAUUGCGGAAAAAGGUGGACGCACUCGAGUCCCAGCUUGCCCGGAAGGACAAGCAGGUGAGCGACAUGCUGAGUCAGCACGUCGACCGGAAAAUGGACGACGUGGUGUCCAAGGUGACGGAGCAGGCGCAGCUGAAAGAGCGGUGUCUGCUGCUCGAAAAGGAGAAUUUGGAGCUGAAGCAAAUUGCCCAGAGUGCGGGGGUCGCGGUGCCGCAGACCAGUGCCGCAUCUUCGGGGGCGUCCAUGCUGAAAAUGGCGAGCGGCCUCGCGGGGAUGAUGAAGGGGAACAACAAGACCGGGGGGCCACAAACGGCGGAACAGGACUCCGCACUGCAGAAGCAGCUGGCCGCGAUCCAGAAGCAGCAGCAAGACCAACUGGCCAUGUUCCAGCAGCAGAUGCAGCAGGGCGUGCAAGUUCGCGAGCAGAUUGGCACGCAGACGUCGCCGACGACGGACCAUAUGAAGGCGCAAACGCCGACGACCGACGGGAAGAAAAAGAUCUCCGCCGCGGGCGGCAAGCUGCUGGGCGCGGCCGCCAGUCUGCGGCGGGCGCAGGCGGAGGAACAGAAGAAAAAGCUGGAGGACACGGAGAAAAAGCUGCAGGAGCAGGAGAAACUGCUCGCGUCGGAGCAGAAAAAGCGCGAAGAGGACCAGAAAAGCCUGUCCGACGCGGAGAAGGCGAAGCAGGAGGCGGAGCGGAAGGCGCGGGCGCUCAGCGGCAAGAUGACGGAGGACGAAACCAGGUUGGCGUCGGCGAGGAAAGCGGUGGAAGAGGCGAGAAAGGAGAAAGAAGUGCAGGAAAAGGUACAGGAAAUGGGAUAUGAUGAAUUUUCAAGAACUGGUGGACAUGCGCUUGUCAUCGAUUAGUAGUCUUGAGGUCGUGGAUCAACAAAUUUAUUAUCGCUCUGUUUGCGCUGGCGCGUCAGUGAGCAGGUUGCUGGAGUUUCUGAGGUCGAGUUUUUGUCUGCAUGAUAGUGACAGUUGUACCUCCACAAAAACCACCUUAAACCUGAAACAGCUCGCCAAAGACGCGCAGAAGCAAGCCAUGGAAACCUCUGCCGCAGCCGCGUCUGAGCCGGCGGAGUCGGUGAUUAUGCCGCAGCUGCUCACCCCCGCGCUGACACCAGCCGCGAUGCAGGGACCGGGGAUGUCGUGUAUACUACUUACAGUGUUUUUAAUGUUAGUACUACUUCUACUACAGCACGACCAUGGGUCGUGAUGAGACUCAUUGUACUACAUUACCACCAGUAUAGUAAUUAUAAUCACAAAAAUCUUUAUCAAAACAGUUAUGCAGACUCCGAUGAUGCCGCAGUUUUCCAUGCCGACGCCGAUGAUGCCGGCCAUGAUGCCGCACUCCAGCCAGCUUUCCGCCAUGGUGAUGCCUUCGAUCCCCGGUCUGCCGCCCUCCGGCUACUCGCAGCUCUUUAACCAGGGCGUCCAGAUUUUGCCCAAGCUGCUCGGCAAGCAAGCCAGCGGGUCGUCGAGUGGCGAGCAGCAGCAGCCCAUGAUUGGACAGCAGCAACUACCCGGCCAGCAGCAGAACCAGAUCCAGCCCCGGGAUGUGGCGCAGUUGUACGUGCAGAUUGUGGAACUGUCGGAGGAGAUCGCGCGCCUGAGCGAAAUGAUAUGGAUUGCAAAAAUGUCUGGGUCUGGAAAAGUGUAAACUUGUCAUGCAGAUUUUCCAUGACCCAUGAGGUCUGGAAUGCGGGACUUAGCAUGACAGACUCUGCGAGGUCUCUGCCAUGCCUAUCCUGCAUGAGAAGCUCCCUUCCAACUUGGUCAAAAGUGGACAGCUUUUGGCUCUCAUGCAACACAGAUUUUUGCAUGCUUCAGAUUUACCAUGACAAGUUGCCGCCUUCCAGACCCAGACAUAUUUGCAAUUGAUAAAUGAACGACUUGUACAAGAGAGAUUUAGACACGCAGUUGAAGCAGGAGUCGAAGCUGAUGGCGAAUUUCGUAUCAAAUGUAAAAAUGUCUGGGUCUGGAAGAGUCAUGCUGUUUUUGCAUGACGCAGAAGGUCUGGCAUGGAAGCUCUAGCAUCACAGGUUUCGAGAAGCGUUCGCAAUGCCGAAUCCGCAUGACAAGUCCCUGACUUUGGUGACAGAAAGUGGGCGACUUUUGCAGCCUAUGCAUGAGAGCUUUUUCUGUGUUCUGAAAUGCGCACCACAAGUUUGCAUUCUGCCAGACCCAGACAUAUUUGCAGUUCAUAUUUCGAGGCGGUUUACAACGACUUUUUCAAGCAGAAGACUUUGUGGAUGGAGGAAAAAGACAAACUCGAGAAGGACGCGACGGAGAAGGUCAGUCUCGCGAACGCGCUGGAGCAGCAGGUGAAAUCCUUGAAGGCCACGCUCUCCUUAUUACAAUGAAAAAUGCCCCCACCCCCGCACUUGGCAGCAUUUGUAUUGCAAACCUUUCCAAUGGAGAUAUUGCCCGUCUUGCUUGUAUCAGCAUCACAAAUUUUCUAUGCUGAAUCGCUCAAAUUUAUGUUGCAAAGGAGCCCAACAGCAGGCGGAUCUGUUACGCAGCAGAUAUCUUGCGCUCGCGCUCCUAGAUUCUGGAUUAGAAACGCUCAUGAUCCUUUCAUGCAAGACAAAAGGCUUUCAUUUGGAAACUUUGCAUGAGAAACGUUUGCAAAUUCCGGGGCGGGGGUAUUUUUCCCUGUAAUACUCCUCCUCCACGACCGGAGGAAACUCCUCGCAAGCCGAAUCGGACCGGGAAAAGCUCGUGAAGUUGAUGCAACGGACCGCGAUCUUGGAGGAAAACGAGUCGAAGAUGGCGCGGAAGUACCAGGCAUUGGACCAAGAUUACAAGGCGAUAUCCCAAGUCGAAACGUCCCCACGCCAUAGUUGCCAUGCACAUUCAACAAACUUUAACUUGAGAUGUAUCUCAUGCGCGGCCCCAUGAGGGUCAUAUCUGAGUGCUAUCUGAGAUGAGUUCUUUGUCAUGCUGGAAUCAGGACAAGGCGAGCGAUUUGUGAUGCGACUGAGCAGGCUGAACACGACUAAGCUACGAGUAGCAAUUUGUCAUGCGCAGCGCCCACAUCUUGCGGAUUUGUGUAGUAAAGCCCCCAUCUUGGCUAGGGGGUGGGGACGUUUUUACUCAGGAUAAGCGACGAAGCAGAUCUUAGACACGAUUGAACUGCAAGCCUCCGAGGCGGAGGACUACUUGAAGCAAAAAGUGCAGCAACUCUCUCUGUGGAAGCAGCGGGCGGAAUCCAGCUUGUCUAUCGCGAGUAAAAAAAUCCAGGAAAUGGUGCCGAUGCAGGAGUACGAAAAGGUGAACAAGCAGCUCUCCACCUUGCUCCAGCGCGAGAUGGAUUUGCUCCGCCGACAAUCCGACCUGUACGUGUUGAACGCGGAGCGGGAAGACAAACUGCGAAAGCUCGUCGCGCUGGAGGAAAAGUGCGCGGAUUUGGAGCAGAUUCAAAUCGAGGCGGACUUCGAGUUGACGACGCUGCGGAACAAGUUAGAGUCCUUCGACGGGAACUUCAAGCAGGAAUGCUUUUUGUUCCGGUCUCUCGUGAAGCAGCUGCAACGAAAAUUUUCCCACUACGGCGAGUGGUACACGGAGGGCAUGUUUGCGGACGAAACCAGUAGUGAAAUUUCUCCCCCGUGGAAGAAAGUGGAGGACAAAUUGAAGGUUUUGAACUCCGACCACGACGGGUUCUUGACGUUGUCCGCGAUCUACGACUUUCUGCAGUCUUCCAUCGCGUCGAUCGGCGGGCAGCUCGAGUUGACACCCGAGGACAUGGAGACCAUCGCGAAAGCCUGCGGGGGGUCGAACGCCGAUCUGGGGCACUUGACCAUGACCGCGAACCAGCUGGGGACUGGCGCCUCAACUAGUACUGGGUUCGUCGGGGAAACCGAUGUGAACAUGAACGCGGGCGGAGGAGGACAAAAUGCGGCGGUGUCCUGGCCGGGGAAAAAGGUACUUUAGGAUUUGGCUUAUUUCUUGCGUUAUUCAAUGAACAUUUCUAGAAGUUUUACAACGAGGUGAGGAUGGUGAUUUCGCCAAAGAUUUUUUCUUGUGUUUUAUCUUCUCGAAUGUAGCAGCUGCAGCAAAAUGAAGCUUCUUCGUCUGUCACGACUGUGCCACAUCGAAUGAAGGCAUUGGCAUACAUUGAAGUGAUAGGGUCGAACCCCACUAUGAACAGGUUUCCCUCCUGGCCUUUGUUUCGAAGCUUCGCCUGUUUGGCCUGCAGAAAAAGUCCGGCGAGGACCUCUUUUGGGCGGCGGUGAAACAGCGCGUGCCGCCGCAGCAGGAGCAGAAUUUCUUCAAGAUGCUCCAUGUGUUCCAGAACAACAGUCAAUUCGUAAAGCUCGGGGACAUCUUCCAAGUGUUCAAAACCUUCGGCCUCCCGGCGUUUUUCGAGGAAAACACGCACGAGGCCUUGGCGAAUGCGGAAGAGCUGCAGAAGGUGGCAGCUUGGUGCGGCUACGACGAAACGAGCGCGCAGCAAGUGAUGCAGCAACAGCAGUACGACCACUUACCGGUGCGGCAGAAGCUGCUGCACAUCGCCACGGUAAACUACCAGGACUUUGUGACCAAGUGCAAAAAGCAGUUCCAGAACGCCAGCAGGAUGCUGCUAACCGAAGACGACGAGUUCAACCCGCCAAUGCCAGGAACGGUCGUUUCUAACAUGCAACAAGGUAGUUCUUAUGACGCGUCUUCUGGUAUUGGUUCAGGUUCUGGGCAGAACCAGAUGCCGCAGCAAUUUCUCUUUUACCCAGAAGAGAACAACAGUAUCCCGCAGCAAGUAGUAGUCCAGCAACAAUACAGCGCCUCGUCCAGGUUCGACACCAAACCCCAGGCCUCCAACACGCAGAUGGCUGCGCAGAUUGCGGAGUGGCGCAUGGCAGCGGCGAACCGCAGGUCGGGGGUUCUGGAGAUGGAGCUGAAGUCCAAAAUCAACACACAAAAGGAGCUGACGAAGCAGGUGCAGGAUUUGGAAAAUUUGACCCUCCGGCUGGAGAAGGAGCUGCACGAAGAACGACAGUUACGGGCGAACACGGAGAUCAAGCUCGCGGGCACCAUCACCUUGCAGGAGGUCGAGCCGAAAUUGAAGCUCGCCGAGUCCGUUUUGUUCGAAAACGAGCAGCUCAAGAUCCAACUGACGCAGAAGAACGGGAUUCUGCAGGUGUGCGCAAAGCAGUCGGAGAACUUGGAGCGGGUGAUCAAACGACGGCAGGAGGAGAAGAAGCACUUGCAGGAGACGAUCCGGAUGUUGCAGGCGUCUGAUGAUUUAGAGUUGAACGUGGGGAAGACGCAGUACAAACUGCUGCUAGCGCAGUGGGAACGAAGCUUUGCGAACCGGGAACUGUCGAUCGUUUCGAACGAAUUGAAGGAGGUGAGGAAAGAGGAAUUAACUCUGACGAGUAAUUUUGAAGAAACGAAGGCGAAAAAGGAGGUGGAAUUGAGCGAAUUAAGAGAAAAACUGGCGGAAACGCUGCUGGAAAACGACAAGUUGCGGCAAGACUUGUCGGCGAAAAACAGUUUCUCCGUGGAAAAAAUCUACUCUUUGACGAACCAAGUGGAGGAAAUUUCGAAGAGGAAAUCCGAGUUGGAGGAAGAUUUGAAAACGGUUCGAAAAUCCAAGUCUGUACUUUUGACCCAACUCGACGAGGCAAAGGAGCAAGCGCGGCAGGGACAGGAACUGUUGUCGGACUUGAAGAACGACCUGUUUGCCGGUGUGAACGCGAAGGGGGAUAGCAGCAUCAAACCAGCGGCAUUGGCGGAUGGCUCUAGUACUGUGUCCGGCGCACAGCAACAGCAGCCGAGUACUUCUACAGGAGCUGGUUUCAUAGACCACACGGCGGAGUUGGUGGAGUCUAGGAGAAAAGUGAUGCAAUUAGCGACGAAGCUGUCCGACGCACGACUCCAGGCGUUGCGCAACCAACGGAAGGCGGACUCGUUGGCCGAGCAGCUGGAUCAGUUGUACCGAUCGAACGACGCCAAGGAACACACGAUCGAGCAAUUACAGAAGCAGAACGCGCACUUUGAGGUCAAGAUGCAGCAGGAAGAGGAGAGAUGGCGGCUGAAAUUGCGGGAAGGACAGGAAGUGAUGAUGGCAAUACAGGACAACAGGUAAAAAUUUGUAGGGUUUUUUCGCAUGACAAAUUUUGAUGGUUCAUCGUUGUUUUCGCAUGACAAGAUUUUCUAUUAAAAACCUCAUUAUGAUGCUGCUUAACUUACAAUACAGACCUGCCGCCAUGCAACUGUUGAACAAGUCUACGGAACAAGCACCAGCAGGCAAUCUCUCGUCGAGGCAGAACGUGUCCGACUCGCAGAACCUCCGCAGUUCCAUGCGGCAGAAGUGGUCGCUGCAGUCGGGCAUCGAGGACAUUUUGGACAAGCUGCAGAAGAAAUCGCAGGAGAACGAGUCUUUGAAGGAGGAUCUGAAACACCAGGAGGAGAAGUUCAACCUCCAGCUGGACACGGUUUCGCGAAAACUGAAAAAUUCCGAGAUUCAGCUGAAAUUACUGCAGGCAAACUUGGGGGAUGACGCGGCGCAGAAGUUAAGGCAGGAACUGUUGCGGGAACAGGACGAGGAGGUGAAAAAGGUCGGGGAAGCGGCGAAGCAGAGCGUGAACUUGCUGCAAUCCGUGAUUGAUCAAAAAGAGGAACAACUUUCCGCCCGGGAGAAACAGAUACAGGAACUGCAGAUCAAAAUCAAGGAGGACCGAGGGUACCACCAACAGGAGGUGAACGAGUUGAAAACGAAUUUGAUCGCGUUGGAAACCCAACUGAACGUGCGGAAUUUGCGAGAGCAGUCGUCUGGUGCGAGCAGCGCGCGGAUUGGUGGCGGAACUACAAACAACAGCGGUCCUCUGGGAUCUGGCAGAGGGGAGCAAAACAGCAGCGACACGGCGUUGAAGGUGAUCAAGGAACAUGGAAAUCUGCUGGAAAAGCACCAAACCGAGCACGAGAAACUCCAGUCCGCGAUCCAGAGCAAGGACAGCGAAUUGUACACGUUGAAGGAGAAAAUCGCGCAGCUCCACCGCGAGCAGGAACUGUACCAGCACGAGCGGAAAGCCAUGGACCAGAAGCUGGAGCAGUCGGAGAAGAAUUACGAGGCGAGCAAUCUGGCGCGGAUUGUGCAGAUUUGCCGCAUAUCAAAUGCAAAAAUGUCUGGGUCUAGAAGGAUGUAAGACUUGUCUUGCAGAUUUUCCAUGACCCAUAAAGCCUGUAAUGCAUGACCUAGCAUCAGAGACUUUUAGAGAGCUUCCUGAUGCGCCUUCCGCAUGACAGAUGCCCUGUCUGCGUAGCACAAACUGGACCCCUCUUGCUGCUUGUGCAAUGCUAGUUUUAUUUUUCUAGAAUCCAAAAACAGCAUGACAAGUUCCAGACCCAGACAUGUUUGCAUUUGAUACCGCAAGCAGCUGAAGGAAAAGAACAACGAGAUAAAGAACCUGAAACAGAUGCUCGAGAAGUGGAAAACCGAGCAGAUCGAGCAAGAAGCAGAUAAAUUGCUCGCGAAGAAAGACGAGUCCAAGAUGGAGGACGAGAUCCGGCAGCUGAAGAAGACGAAUCGGACGUACGAAGAUCGGCUGGAAGACAUGAAACGAAGGCUAUUGACCCUCCAGGACGAAGUGAUCGCGGGGAAAUCGAAAGAAGCGUCGAACGCCAUGCUGAAUAGACAGUCGUUAGACUCGGAGCAGAAGUUGAAAGCGCUGUUGGAGGAUGCGAAGAAGGCGGUCACCGGGAAAAUCGACGAGGUGGUGGAGAAAGAUAAGCGAAUCGCAAGAUUGCUAGACCGGAUCGACGACCUGGAAAUCGAGUUGGAGCAAGUGAAAAAACGGCCGGGCGGGAUGACGAGCUCGCCAAACGUAAUCGGGGGUGGAAUUGGCAUAAGUGGCGGCUCGGCAGGUACUAUCGGCUCGCCCACUACGAUUACGGGCAUGCGGCAGCGGCUCGAGGAUUUGGAAAAUGAAAACGCGCGAUUGAAGCGCAAGAUCGAACGCGGUGGGAGUGCUGGUGGUGCCACUGCUGCUUCAUCUUCCAGCAGCGCUGUGCCUAGCGCGCAGCCACUGAGCGGUGAUCAAAGUGCUGUCAGAAUUCGCGACUUGGAGGACACGGUGACUAGGAUCCGGAGAGAGAGGGACGAUUUGAUCGUGAAGUUGAAUCAACAGCCAGGAGGCACUUCCCCAUCCAAUUCCAACUUCGGCCUGGCUCAGAAGAACGACCUGCUGCGCCUGCAGGUCGGGAAGUUGAAGCAGCGAUGCGAAAAAACGGUCGAGGAGUACGAGCAGUUGACGAGGCGGGCCAGGCAGAUCUUUUUACUCCUGCAACGGGGGAUGGGCUCGUUGGACGCGAGGGAGGCGCUGCAGCAGGAAUGCAAGAAGUUGUUGGAAGAGUUGGACAUGAACAGCAAAAAAGCGACGUCGUUAGACUUCUCGAAGAUGUCCCAGGAGAUCGGCGUCACUUCCUCGCUUGGCACGCCCACGUUAGGUGGGAUGUCUACUCCGACAAUCGGUGGAGCUGCUUCCUCCAGCUCUGCGUUCCAAUCGGGCCUGUCGCCACAGGCGAGUGCCGCCGCGAAUCAGGAGCUGCAGAUUGUGAAACAGGAGAACAACCGGUUGAAAUCGCAAUUAGACGAGCUCACGGCGUUGCAGGCGAAGGUAAGGAGGUUGGAGCAGGACAAUGUUGAAUUAGAGUCGUUGCGGAGACGAGUGCGGGAUUUGAGCAGUGCGUCCCCGUCCCGCGCUGGACUCUCUAUCGAAGAGGAGUCGAGGCUGCGAAACGACUUGAAACAAACACAGGAAAAGGUCUACGAGCUGGAGGUCACGAAGUCAAGACUGACCCGAGAAGCGGCGGAGCGCGGUGGAAGUGCUGUUGGCACGACUACUUCUGCUGCCGGUGCUAGUAAUAGUGCGCAACUCGCAACUUUGACCAGCAGAGUACAGCAGUUGGAGGUGGAGAAUCAGCAGCUGCGGCUGCGGGCGACAAGCUCAACAUCCGGAGUGCUCGGGACAGCAGGAGCUUCUUCAAGUUCUUCUUCCACGACCGAGGUCACCACCCUCCGAACGCAACUGACCGUCGCCCAGGACCAAAUUUCCACGCUCGACCGCAGACUCCGCGAGGAGCAGCAGGAGUUGACCCGCCUGCGGGAUCAAAUCGUCACCGGGAAUGUGGCUGUGAAGGACCCCAGCACAGCACCACCCGCGGGACAAACAGCCGAAGCCGCGACUACGCUUUCUGCGAAGGAGCUGCAGUCGCUUCGGGAGAAGGUGAAGCAGUUCCGCGAGGCGUAUGCGGUUGUGACAAACAAUAACGGGAAAUUGUUGCAGUUUCAGAAGGACAUGAGGGACUUGAUCGAGAACCAACAGAAGGAGGCGAAGUUGGACGACGCGAACGUGAACAGGGUUUUGUUUCAAAUCCGGAAGCAUCUCGCAACCGUACAGUUUCUCCCAGAAACAACCAACCCCGACGACAUCGCAGCGUCCUCUAGUCCAGACCGCAACGCGUCGAAAACCGAUCUGGCCGAGGCGGAGGCGAGCCAGAAGCAGCAGAAGGUGUCCCAGUCCAUUGCGAAUUUGGUGGAGAAAAACGCAGCGUUGGUCCAGAAGGGUACGAACACCCGGGAGUUGCUGCUGAAAUUGGACAAACUGAAGUCCAAAUACGACGGCCAGGUCUCCAUCGCCUCCUUCGAGACCGCAACUUUGCUCAGGGAGCUCCGCCGCUUGUGUCAAGACGCGAAGGAGCAGGGAAUGCUGGCGGUUGACGUAGCUGAGGGAGGUGGUGCUCCUACAACUUCUACGCCUCCUGCGGCUUCUACGUCGUCUGCCGCGGCAGGUGCAACCACUGCGACAGCAUCCUCCGCGCAGCAGUCGCAAACCGCGGAAAUUAUCAAGAAGUUGGAGGAGGAAAGAUACAGCAAUGAAGAGUUGAUCAAGGAUAUCACGAGAAAAAAGUGUUACAGUUACACAUUUGUUGGAGUUUCUGCAUCACAAAUUUUCUUCGUGUGGGAGGGAAAACUUGUAAUGCGAAAAUCAUAAGGCUAAACAGGAAGGAAACGAGGCUCCCAAGCAUUUCCUGCAUGAGACAGGUUAUCUGUGUUGCCGGUCUUGCAACACAGUGUGUAACUGUAGCACUUUUUUCUUGCGAUAAAGGAACUCCGGUUGAAAAUGAGCAAACUCGAAGACGAAAACCUCUCCCUGAACCGCGCGAACACGCGUGGGGAUAGCUCCAUUGCCGAAUCUGGAAGGAAAAUCACCGACUUGGAGAAAACCAUCGCGGACACCAAGCAGCGGCUGGAUCAGUUUCACUCCUCAAUCACAAAAGCGCUGAAGGAAUCGCAGGACAAGGCUACGGUCGCGGUUCGCGCGCAGCAGUCCUCGAUGAUCGGUCGUCCGGGGAGUCCGACCAGCAUGAUUCGGCCGGGCGGGGUGGUCGGUGCGGGGAUGGUCGGGUCGUCCAUGUACAACCGGCCGGGGCAGGUUGGUGCUGUUGGCGCGGCGACGACGGUGCCGAAAACGAUUUUUGACCAGCUGGUGGCGGCGUUGCAAGCCAUUCUGGACACGGAAACGCAGAAGAACCUGCUGGGCGGACGGGCAAGUACUGCAGGAGCUACUUCUUCCGCGGCAGCGGCCAGCAGUAGUCUCGUGUCGUCGCUAGUAAGCGGCGCGGGAGGUAUUACUGCUGCUGCUGGGGUAACAGCAGCUGCUGCAGCUCCCCCGAUCGUGAUCGACUCUUCGACAUCAAGCACACCGACAGUUAGUGCCACCACCACCGCUGCGCAGCCCACGACGGAGUCCGUCGCGGCACUGCAACAGACGGUGACCAGCCUGUCGGCGGAGAAUAACAGACUAAGAGUGCAGGUGCGGGAGCAGGAUCAGCAGAUCGUGAACAUGAUCCAGAGCAACCCGGGCGGUCUGAACCCCGCGAACUUCGAGGGCAGCCACUCCGCCGCGAACGCGAGUUCGCCCGAUUCCCCCGAUAAUUACCUCCCGACGAACUCGCUGACGGCCGGGCUGACUUCUGCUGGCGCAGCUCCGCAGCUGUCCGCGACGGCGCAAGCCGCAACGUCGACAGCGAAUGUGAACGAAGUGGAGUUGCUAUUACAAUGAAAAAUGCCCCCACCCCCGAACUUGGGAGCAUUUGUACUGCAAACCUUUCCAAAUGAAACAUUCGCCGUCUUCCAUCUAUCAGCAUCGCAGGUUUGUAACCGUGAAUAGCGAAAAUUUGUAUUGCAAAAGACCCCAGCAAGAGCGGCGCUCAUCAUGCUGGCGAUGCGAUACACGCCUGGACUCUGCAUCAGAAAGAUUCAUACUCCCUUUAUGCAUGACAAAAAGUUUUCAUUUGGAAACUUCGCAUCACAAAUUCUUGCAACUGUGGGGGUGGGGGUAUUUUUCACUGUAAUAGUUGCUCGCGAAGAAGCUGCAGCAGAUGGAAGAUUUGUACACCAAAGCCUCCUAUGGAUUGCAAAAAUGUCUGGGUCUGGAAGAUUGCAACUUGUCAUGCUGUUUUUGGAUUCCAAAAAAAUCUGUAUUGCGUGACCAGCAACAGGAGUUCAGUUUUUGUUACGCGGAGAGGGCAUUUCUCAUGCGGACUAGGCAUCAGGAAGCCCUCUAAAGAUCUGUGAUGCUAGAUCAUGCAUUACGUGCGUCAUGGAUCGUAGAAAAUAUGCAUCACAAAUCCCGGAAUCUUCCAGACCCAGACACUUUUGUACUUGAUACCUCCACCGAGUGGCAGAGAUCGGUCGAACAGGUGACGAAGUUGUCCAAUGCGAACGCGUAUCAAAUGUAAAAAUGUCUGGGUCUGGUUCUGGAAGCUUGCCAGGUUUGUCAUGCAUAUUUUGGAAGACUCAUGAUGUUGGUGAUGCAUGCUCCAGCAUGACAGAUUUUUAGAGGCCUUUGUGAUGCCUCUACCCCAUGAGAAAUGCCCUCUCCGGGUAGCACAAACUGGUGGAGUUCUGUUGCCGGUCAUGCAGUGCAAAUUUUUUUAGAAUCCAGAGACAGCAUCACAAGUUUAGAAUCUUCCGGACCCAGACACUUUUGCAAUCCAUAACGCGAGUCUGAGCGAAAAACUGAAGGCCAUGGACGUGUUUCAGACGAUCGACGGGGAGCAGAAGCAGUCUUUAGCGACGGUCAUUCAACAGCUGGAGCAGCUGGAAAAGGAGAAAAAGGGAUAUUUGAUCGAAAUCGCGAAGGUGAAGGAGUUAGAAAAAGACAACAAAGCCCUGAAAUCCGAUCUGGACAGAACCGAAAUUUUGAAAAAGCGGCUGCAGGAGGAGCUCGCCGGCCUGGAAUAUUUGAAACUCCCCGUUUCCGGCAGCUCUGCCAGUUCGAAGACCUUUGCGCAGAACGUGGACUCGCUCAACGCCGGGCGCGGCGUUCGGGAUUUGGUGGAGCGAGUGGUGGUUUUGGAGCACAAGAACGAGGAACUGGCGAAGGAGUUGCUCGCGCUGAGCGCAGCUGCAACUUCUGGAGGCGCAGCCAGCGUGGCACCGUCGGCGAGUAGCAGCGCCCUCGCCGGGGCGGGGAAGGAGAAGGGUAGCAAAUCUGCUGGAAAUACGAAAGCUACUUCCUCCUCCCACGUUCCAAGUUCUUCGCACAAGAAGGAGGUGUCCGUGCAGGAGUUUGAACAUGUGAAGAAGCAGCUCGCUGAAGCGACAAAGAUCUUCGAGAUGGAGCUUUCCGACCGCACGGAAAUCUUCCAAAAGCGGAUGAAGACACUCUGCGCGGAGAUCGAAACGGCCGUGGAGGAGAAGGACCAGGCGAAUGCCAAGACCGAGCAGAUGCAGCAGAAAAUGCAGUUUUCGGAGAAUGAGGCGAAGGAGUUGAAAAAAAUCAUUGAGAAGCUGAAUGAUAGACACACGGUCGAUAUCGAAAAGGCGGGAAAUUUGGCGAACGACGUGCGGAUCUUCGAGCGGGACGCGGAACGCUACAAGCUGUUCCGGAGCAGGAUCGAGUGGUUCCAGAAGAAUCUGUUGACAGAUUUGACCACGAUGCAGAACAGCCGAGGGGAUAGAAAACCGAACGAUGAUAAGGAGAAGAAAGAACAGCAGGAGAAGGAAAACGAGGUAUUUCUGGAUAAACUGGAGGACGGUUUGAAAUACUUAUCGAAGUACAUCGACGACGAGGCAACCUACACGGCGAAAACAAAGCACGACUUGGUGAUGAGUUCGAACUUAUUGCGGGAAGACCCGAGAGCGUUCACGGACAUUAACCCAGCCGAGGUCGUCGUCGGGGAGAAGAAGACCGACGCCUCCACAACUCCCGCAGCUGUGGAUGUUGAACAAGGGAAGAGAGACGAGAAGAGCUCUUCCUCCACUCCAGCAGAGGAACAAAAAGCCUCGAGUUCCACGACAGGAAAAAGUGACACCAAAGAACAACCAGACCAAAAACCACCUCUGACAGAAGCGUCCGCCGAGCGGCAGGCGAAACUGUCCGUGAUCACAGACGGCGAGGAGCUGAAGCAGAAGCUCUUCGACUCGGAGGAGGACCGGGCGAACGAAAAGCAGCGAUUUCACACCCGACUCGCCUAUCAAAAGGAAAAAUCCCCCCUCCCCAUAUCGAGCACGAAACUUGUGAUGCUGUAUUCGAGUACACAAAUCGCCUUGUAUUGCUAGAAGACCAAGAGCCGCAGUUGUGGCCUCGUUUGCAAGCAAUUUGUCAUGCUGUUUCGCACCUCCAGCUGCCUCCUGUCAUGCUGAAGAUGCAAGGCCUUCCCACGCCGCCCAGCACUACAGUCCGUAUCUUUUCCCUUCUAGCAUGACAACGCUGAUUGGUGACCACAAAUCUGCAUCACAGAUUUCCGUUUUGAUAUGGGGGGGAUUUUUCUUCAUGAUAUCACCGAACUGUCCGCCGUGAAUAUCAAGUUGGAGAAGAGACUGCAAGAGGUUGGCGCCAUGGUAAAGGUCAACGUCGACGGCGAGCCGAAUUCGGUGACGGCGACGGAAUUCUUCCAGAAACUGGACAAAACGAGCAAAGAGAACGAACUUCUCGCGAAGCAGCUCGAGCUAACGAAAAAGCAGAACGAAGAUUACCCAAAACUGAAGAUCGAAAAGGAAAAGCUGGAGAUUCUGUUCAAGAGACAAUCCGAAGAUUUAAGAGCGUUGGAAACGACCAAAAAAGGUCCGAAGGGGAGUAGUACCGGUUCUGUCGACGUUUCUUCGGGCGCGAAGCUGCAGGAACUGGUCGACAAACUGUUUUACCUCGAAGCGGAAAACGACGAGCUCCGAAAAUCCGCGAACCACCCGAAGCGCAGCGGAAACUACCUGCAGAAGGCGCAAAACGCAACGGCUGGCGCGGCUUCCGCGGAGAACGUGAGGUUGAAGAAGAAAUUAGCCGAGCUGUAUCAUAUGUAAAAUCGUCCCGCCCAACCCAGAGUCAAGAUGGGAAAUCGGCUAGACAAAUCAGCCAGCUUUGCUUGUUUCGCAUGACACGCCUGUCCUCGUAGUCUAGUCCUGUUGAGCUAGUUCAGCAGCAUCACAGAGCUAGCAUAUCAUGCUGCUCCGAGCGUCACAAAUUCAAAACACAACUAGAAAACGCCGCGCAUGGGGCUCCUCGUGAGAAACUUUUUUAGCAUGCAGAUUUGCAUGAAGACUCUGGGAUGGGGACGUUUUUUACUCAGGAUAAGCUGAGCAAAAUCUUUGACAUGGAGAUGCAAGAGAAGAAGGAUUUGUUCCUGACACGGGCGAAACGGUUAGCGACUGAAGUGGAACUUGCCACCGACGUGAAAAACGAAUCUUAUCCUGAGUAAAAACGUCCCCACACCAUAGUCAAGAUGGGGAAUCUGCUAGACAAAUCAACCAGCUUUCGCUGUUUCGCAUGACAAGUUUGCCCUCCUAGUGCAAUCCUGUUGCGCUAGUUCAGCAGCAUCACAGACCUAGCAUAUCAUGCUGAUUCUAGCAUCGCAAACUCCAAAACACGACUAGAAAACGCUUCUCAUGGGGCUCCGCAUGAGAAACUUUUUUGGCGUGCAGAUUUGCAUGACAGCUCUGGUGUGGGGACGUUUUUACUCGGCAUAAAUCCUUGGAAAAAGCGACGAGUUUGUCGAAGAAACUGGAUAGUCUAGAGAAGGAGAUGCUGCUACUACAAUGAAAAAUGCCCCCACCCCCGAACUUGGGAGCAUUUGUAUUGCAAACCUUUCCAAAUGAAACAUUCGCCCUCGUGCAUCUAUUAGCAUCACAGGUUUCCAAUCGUGAGCAGCAAAAAAUUGUAUUGCAAAAGACCCCAGCAAAAGCGGCCCUUGUCAUGCAAGCGAUGCGAUACACGCCUAGGCUCUGCCUCAGAAAGAUUUAUACUCCUUUCAUGCAUGACAAAACGUUUUCAUUUGGAAACCUCGCAUCAAAAAUUUUUGCAAUUUGAGGGGUGGGAGGCACUUUUCACUGUAAUAGCUGCAGACAAAGGACGACCUGAUCCAGUCAAACAUCAAUUACGAACGGGAGCGGACGAAAGCGGACAAAUUCGAGCAGGAGAUGACAAAAUUGCUGGAAAAAUUGAAGGAAAACGAAUCUUCCACCGAGGCGGAGCAGAUGGCGGCCGAGGUCGCGAAGAUGAAAACGGAAGCGGGCGGAAGUGCGGGAGCGGCGGCUAGUAGUAGUGGGCAACAGCAACUGGAAGUAGAGGACCAAAAGGCGUCGGAACUGCAGCAGCAGGUGGCGAAUUUGGAGAAGGAGAAAAAUCACAAGUGGUCGAAGUUGUCCGAGGCGGAGAAAAAGGGCGAGUUGUUUUCCUCCAUUAGAUCCCGAUUAACGACCGAGGGAAUUUCGUUCCUGCAAAUUUUGAAAGCGGUGGACACAAUUGUGAACAGGAGCAGCAAGAAUUCUAUCUCGGGCAAAUUGCCGCUCCGAAUAGUGCAAAAAGCGUUGAAUCAACUCCCGCUCUCGAUCACCGCGCAGCAGCUAGACCAGGUCUUCACGCACGGCAGCGGGAAGGGCAACAGUUUGACGAGCUUCUUGGACGUGGACAACGACAACGCCGUAAAAUACGUCGAGUGGCUCGCUGCCGUUUUGGAAGUGGCGAACGCGAGUGCGAAGUCCAGCUCCGACGCGGAGGCGACGCAGGAGUUCGUGUUUGAAGAAAUGGAUCCUGUCCCCCUGAAAAACACGGACUUCCACUUCGGGCUGCUAGGGAAUUCCGUCGACCCGCUUUCUGGCAAGAACAUGCUGCGGGGGUUUUCCCUGCGAACGGCUCUGCGCGUCGUUUUCUCCAUCUGUUUGGAAAAAGAAGUAGAACCACAAAACACAGUGGUGAUUACCUCGGACGAAACUGUGAAGAUUUUGGAGCAGGUGAUCAAUUCCUUUUUUGAAUUUCUGAGCGAACAGAAAGCGAAGGUUCUGGUCCAGGAAGUUCUAAACAAGGUGCUCUCAUCUAGCAGCAGCGGUGAUGUGCCAUCUUCAGAGGUGGAAGGCAAAAACGCUGCUGCGCCCCCAACCCUUGCGGCCCUGGAGCUCGAGUUCGUCUGGCUCCUGGAUACUGCCUUUUUAACUUCUCGAGGGGAGUACGAGGCGAAACAGAUGCUGCUAUCCGAGGAGAAAGAAACCCUGCACAUGAUGAACUUCCUGCACAAAGAAGCAGAGAGUAAAGCGGAAAAUGAGAAUGCGCCGGGAGGUUCCUCCAGCAGUAGCACUUCGAUGGUGAUCAAGUCGAAGGACCAGGGGCCGUUUGCGCAGUUACGGAAGAAGGUCGCGAGGGAAAAGUUGAACAUCCGGAAGUUGUUCGACAAAUACUCUGCGAAGGACGAGUUCCCCGGCGGGGAGGAUUUUCUUUUCGCGAAAAACUUCCAACAGCUCGUCAACGGCGAACUCCCGCCCACGGUGCACAUUUCGAACGGCGCGGAGACGGUGCAACCAAGAUACAGUGACGGUCUACUGGAGUACAGCUUCGAGGAGGUUGCGCAGCGCUAUCUGAAGAAGAUGAACUAUCCGCGAGGGUUCAUGCAGUUCCGAGAUUUCGACUUAGAGCUCCGCGGGGAAACGUUCCCGAACUUGUUUGAGAAGAUCCGGGCGAAGAUUUUGAAGAGGAGAAAAACUUCUGCGAGCAGUAAAAUGGGGGAAACAGCUGGAAGAGCAUCCUCCGUCGAGAUCGAGGAGGAAGUUGCGGAGCAGGAAAUCCGCAGUGCGCUCCCACCAUCCUCAGAUUUGUCGGGCGCCGAGUCGGACAGGCUCACGUAUCCGGACCUGGACCACUUCUUGCACAAACUCCAGUUCGAGAAGCAGGAGUUCAGCAAAAGGGAACGGCUGCAGGUCGUGGACGAGGCGAGCAAAUCACGCAAGGAGUUCAUCUGGCGUAUCAGAAGUUCGCACCUACUGCAAAACACGAUCCAGGUUCUGAGGAACACUUUGAUAGAAAACAAGUACAGCUUGAUGGACGCUUUCACCCAGGCAGAUGAGGACCGCGACGGGUUCUUGUCUUACGUCGAGUUCAAGAACCUGUUCGAAAAUCUGAAUCUCUUCCGCUCGGUCUCCGGGGUGAGUGUCUCCAAGGCGGACGUCUCCAGCUUGUUCAACGUGUUGGACCAGGACACGGGAAGUGGCAUGUUGUCCUACCAGCAGCUGCAAGGAAAAAUCGCGUACCCCGACGCUGUGGUGGAGAUGUCCUGGGCGACGAGUGCGAAUUCAAUUUCGUCGUCAGCCGACGGCGCAACAAGUGCCGAACAACAAGUGCCGAUGAAUAACAGCGCUUCUUCUUCCUCUUUGCUCUCCUUCCCGGAAGCCGAGGUUGGCCGAUCGCGGCAGAAAGCGAGCCAGUGGCUAGCGGGUUCCGCUUUGCCGAUCAUCAAAUCCCGGCUGUACAGCUACAUGAAGCAAAACCCCGGCGCGGGUUUGUCCAUCCGCUCCGUGUUCGCGCAAUUCGACCACCGGGGGUUAGAAUCUUUAACCGCCGCGCAAUUUAAGAAAGCGGUGCAGACGAUAACGAGCAGGGGGACCAACCCACAGAGCCUAUCCGAGCAGAAGGAGGAGGAUGCUGCGAUUUCCAGGAUUUUUGAGUUUUUGGUCUUGAAGCAAGACUACGCAGCAGGAGCCUCGUCUAGCGAGCAGCCGAACAUGAACCAGCAGAACCUCUUGAAAUUGGACUUCCUGAUAAAGUCCAUUCAAGCGGCGAAGGACGACGGUAAUAACGAUAACAACGCGAGUAAGUGGACGGAGGCGAUGCCGGCGGUGUCGGUAAUCCACAAUGCGUUGAACCAGCAGAAACUCUCUUUAAUAAAACUACUCAAGGAACUCGACCCCCUCCGAACAGGGAGAGUUUUGUUCCACAGUCUCUGCGGACAUCUCGCCCGGCAACUGAACUUGAAGCUGGAAACCGUGCGGAAGCUCCACUUGCUGGUGAUUUUAGAUAAAAACGGGAUGUGCUUAGCGGACGAGGUGUCCAAGGUGAUUCUCCGCGAUUUCCCCCUGCGGAAGAUCGCAGGAGGGAUAACGUCAAGCGCGAAUAUGAAAUCGGCAAAGAACAAUAUUAACCUCCCACCUCUGGAGCAGGAAGCUGCGAACAAGGGCUCGAGUAGUAUUAAAGCAGGAGGAGCCACGUUAACCGCGGACCAGCAGCUCGCGCGCAAAUUGAAGAAGCAGGUCGAGAACCUCGGGAAACAGUUGAAGCAGGCCGAGGAGCACAAGGAUUACUUGGAGAAGGAAUUUCACAAAGUGCAACUGAUCAACAAGGAGAAUAGCAAGGCGAACGAGAUCCGCGAGAACUCCAAGAAGUUGGAAGACCAGGUGAAGAACUUGCAAGCGGAGCUCGAGCACCACCAGAACAAGUCCAGCAACGCGGAGAUUGAAAAGUUGAAGACCACGGACCAGUAUCGCAGUCAAAUUUUCGAGUUGGAGUCGAAAAUUGAGACGAUGGAAAAGCAAUUAACCAUUGACGCGAAGGAGCUGCUCGAGCAGGAGAAGCUGAACUCGAAGCAAUUGCAGGAGGAGCUGGACAAGGUGAACCAGCAGUGCGUAUUGUGAGGAAAAAUCCCCCCUCCUCAUAUUAAAAACGCAGCCGGCUGAAAAUUAGUGAUGCAGAUUUGUGAUCACAAAUCCUGGCUGUCUUGCAAGAAGGCAACUCCAGAGAGUCGGCCUCAUUAUGCCAGCCGGUUGUAAUGCUGUUGGUCCUACAGCGUAGACUUUUGUCAUGCUGAGCGGGUAUGUCAAAACCUCUAUGCUCAGGCUUAGCAUAUGUCUGCAGUACUCUACUGCAAGACUAGCCCGAUUUGUGUACGCAAAUGCAGCAUCAGAAAUUCUGUUCUGGUAUGGGGAGGGGGGAUUUUUCCUUUUGAUAGUGCGAGCAGGUGAAGUUCGAGUUGAAGCGGGUGAAGUCGAUCCGGUUAGGGGACGACUGGGCGCAGCGGGAGGAGGAAUACAUGACAAUCAACUUGAAAGUGCGAAAGCUGGAAGAUUUAACGGCGGACUACGCCAAGCAGAUCCGGGUACUAGAAUCCGACGUGAAAAAGAAGGAGAUGAAAACCAUGGAAUACCUGUUCGACAAGACGCAGUGGGAAACGAAAUUUAUCAAGUGCAAAAAUGUCUGGGUCUGGAAGUAGAAUACAAACUUGUGAUGCGCAUUUCAGAACACAGAAAAACCUCUCAUGCAUAGGCAGCAAAAGAUGCCCACUUUCUGUCACCAAAAUCAGGGAGUUGCCAUGCGGAUUCGGCAUUGGGAACGCUUCUCGAAACCUGUGAUGCCAGAGCUUCCAUGCCAGACCAUCUGCGUCAUGCAAAAACAGCAUGACCUUCCAGACCCAGACAUAUUUGCAAUUCAUAGCAUUCAACCGCAUGCAAAACCGGAUCCGGGAACUGGAACUGAUCAACCAGAGCAACCAGCCGGUCUCGCCGAAGGGGAGGAAUUCCUCGGGUAAAACAGCGGGAGAUAGUAGUGCAAGUUCCUCGUCGAACAAAGCGCAGCCACAGUCGAAGCGAGAGAAGAACUUGGAGGCCAUCGUGGAGGGCAUGGAAACGGUGAUCAAUAAGUUGAAGAAAGACAACCACCGUCAGAUACAGGAGCUGGAAAGGCACCAUAAGGAAGGAAAGAAACAAGGUUUAGAUUUUUUUUGUUAUGCAUGACCUGUUAAAGCUGCAAGUAGAAACUUGUGUCAACAUGCAAAAAUUCUGUCGCUCGAUAACGAUAUAGACACGUAUCACAAAUGAAAAAAGGUGCCCUCCUCGCGGAGAACCAGCGCUUGAAGCAGCAGAUCGAGGAUCAGGCGAACAACAACUCCUCCAAUACUAUGGACUUCGGGAAAAAGAUAAAACAGCUGCACGACCAGAUCGAGGUUGCAAAUUUGAAAAACGCCGAACUGGAGCAGUUGAUCAACAAGUACGAGCCGAAACUGGAGCUGCAACAGGAGCAGAUUGAGGAGCUGCACAUGCUGCGGCAGGAGGACAAGGAGGCUUUGGACGUUGCCCAGGAACUGAUGCAGGACGUGACGCAGACCGAGGAACGGUAUCGAAAAAUCGUGACGGAAAACAAGGAUAUGCAAGAAAAAAACUCUGUAAGUGUAAGUCCGUGAUGCAGAAAAUGCAAAACAGUUACGCUUGUCAUGCUUCACAUGCAUGAUAGGCUCGCUUCCUACGUGUUUUCCCACCCUAUCUGCGCAUGACAAGUUUUUCCUAUCAUGGCAGACAAACUUGUCAUGCUGUUUUCCCAAGAGACCUACACUAACACAGUUUUUUCCUUCGAUAAAGGAGUUCAAAAAAGCGGUGGAAAAGUACGAAAACCGCGAGUUCAAGGAGAAACUGGAGGUGAUGGAAAUCUUUUUCGCUUCCGGCCGCCCGUUGUUGCAGCAAUCCAUGGAGAUUUUGAAAACGCUGCGGGAAAAAUACCCGUCCUUGGCGAUUCCACCAAGACUAGUGGAAGCCAUGGAAAGCUUGAACGUCGCGGCGGCGUGACGAGGUCCUUGACGGGGAAGAAGUAAAAAUAGCAACUUCAUCUACCGGGUCGUGUUCUUGAAAGUGAAGCUGUCGGCGGGUCGGGAGUGCUGACGGUAUUGGGAAGUUGUACUAGGGAAAAAUAAUGAUAAUUCUUCAGAAAUGAGGACAAUUGAAAAUUCGAUAAAAAACAGGAGUAAGUCAUGAUUGUGGUGAAUCAAAUACAUAGCCGGGGCGGAGCAGUGGCCCACGCACUCUUUUUGGUGUCAUGCUCUCUGGUCUUGGAAAGGAUUGUCGUGAAUCACGAUUAGGGUAUUUUCGCAGUGAACUGUUUUUUCUUUUUCCAAAUGAAGUAUCUUUGUAGAUCUGUGUAGGAGUGCCUACAACUUUUUUUCGGGCUGUGCUGCUACGGCGGGAAAAGCGAUUUUAUUGAAGAGCUGUCGGAUGAUAUGUUAUUGAAAUGAAGUCCUCGCCAAGUUUUACAAAUGAAUUUUUACUGCAAAUCUUAUGAGAGUCUGGAAUAAUACAUCAUCAAAAAAAAAGUUUAUUUAUUGAAUUCGCGACCUUGCCGCGCUCUACUCCUUGCAGCACAUAUGCUGGGAGCUUUAAGGCUGACAAAGCUUUGGCUUAUUCGCUCCCGGUCGGUUGCUGGUCUGAGUAUGGUUACAACAGGUUUGAUUGCGGUUACUGUUUGAAGAUGCCUGCCUUUUCGCUUCCUUUUCUAUGCAAAUGCUUUUUUUUUCGCGUAUUCUCGCCGGAAUGCGCUGGAAAGUCCAGAUAUGGUCAAUUUACCAAAAGUCUUGAAGUCAAAAUGCUUGAAGUUUUACGAAAUUCAAUGCCCAAAAAUAAGUAAGAAAAUAGUAUCGCUCGAUAGUAUCUCUCUAACGCAAGAAUUGCCUGAUUGAAGUCUUUGUCUUUUUUUGGUCUUUUUUCCGAAUCUCUCAACUUCAAUCGCGAAUUGUCGAAAGAAAUCAAAAAGUUACGCAAUGCAAAAGUUUAGUUUACUUUACGAAUAAGUCGAAAAAUGUGUACAGCACGCGCUAGUAUUGAUUCCUGUCCGACGGCCAAGGAAGUACGUACUAUCAAUCUCGCGUGCCCGCCAGAUUUCUUUGUUCAGGUAAAGAAAAAAGAGCCCAAAGUUAGAGGAAAGACAAGCGCCUUCUGGUCCCUCAC